CAACUGAUGCAACCAGUUCAGUAACAGACCACAGCCACCACCUCCGUGGGCCUCUACCUGGAAGACCCAGAGCCUCCCACCACAAAGGUUAGUACAAAGGACCAGAGAACCGAGGCCCAGCAGCUCCUUCCCCAGCAGACUAACACCUCCCUGGGCAUCGGACUCUUCACCCUUGGGGAUACCUUCUCCCACCUGGAAGUCAGCAUCGCUCACACCCAGCAUGGACUCCCUGAUAGGGGACUUGGACCCCAACCUGUUCCCCAUGUCCAUGAGGACAGAGACGGACUUCUCCCGGGACCAGGACCCUGUGGAUCAGGAAGGGUACAUUGGAAAAGACCAGAAACUGUUCAACGACAACACUAUGGAUCUCCUCCAGGACUUUGAGCUGACAGGCUCCCCCUCAGACUUUUACGUAGGGGACGACGCCUUCCUCUCCUCCCUGGCUGAUGGCUCUUUCCUGGGGGAUGAGAGCCAGGAUCGUGGGGUGUCUAGCUCCACAUCCAAGCCAGCUGCUAGUACCACCAACAGUGGUAGUUUUAGUGGUUCCAACACCACCACAUUGAAUGGUAGCAGUCUACUAGCAUGUCAGGAUGAAUCCAACUCCAGCACCUCUACGACAGCCACAACCCCGACCACCACCACUUUUCCCAUGGUGAAGAUGGAGAAGGAAGCUGGCUUCAUCCAGCUGUGUACUCCAGGGGUGAUCAAACAGGAGAAGACGUCGGCCACGCGUAGCUACUCCUGCCAGAUGAGCGGUAGUACCGGCUGCUCCACUUCCUCCUCCCCCUCAGAGCUGUCCAGCGCCAGCCCCAUCUCCAUCUGUGGGGUGAGCACCUCUGGAGGACAGAGCUACCACUUUGGAGUCAACAGCACCAUUACUACCAGUGGAGCUUCUCAGCAGAAGGACCAGAAGCCCUCUGUGUUCAGCCUGUAUCCUCCACUGGGGACCAUAGGAGAGGCUUGGAACAACAGUAGCUAUGGGGACGGAGCUUCUGGAAUACAAGGUCUCUCCAGCCCUACCUCCUCCUUCUCCAGCAGCUAUGCCAGUUCUACCUCCAGGCAGGGUGGUGGCGCUGCGUUGUCUACAACCCAGGGCAAGGCCGGGACCACCCAUAAGAUCUGUCUGGUGUGUUCAGAUGAGGCGUCUGGCUGUCACUAUGGGGUGCUCACCUGCGGAAGUUGCAAGGUGUUCUUCAAGAGAGCCGUGGAAGGUACAGUGGCAAGGGGGCAACACAACUACCUGUGUGCUGGGAGGAACGACUGCAUCAUCGAUAAGAUCAGAAGGAAGAACUGUCCAGCCUGCCGCUUCCGCAAGUGUCUCAUGGCAGGGAUGAACCUGGAAGCUCGUAAAACCAAGAAGCUGAACCAUUUAAAGGGGGUGCAGCAGCCCACCACGGCCGAGCUGACCCCCCCUCCCCUCCCAGAGGCCAGGUCGCUGGUCCCUAAGUCCAUGCCCCAGCUCACCCCCACCAUGCUGUCUCUACUGAAGGCCAUCGAGCCAGACACCAUCUACUCUGGCUACGACGGCACCCUGCCAGACACCUCCACACGCAUCAUGACCACCCUCAACAGGCUGGGGGGACGACAGGUCGUAUCAGCCGUCAAGUGGGCCAAGUCCCUGCCAGGGUUCCGGAACCUUCACCUGGACGACCAGAUGACUCUGCUGCAGUGUUCCUGGUUGUUCCUCAUGUCCUUCGGCCUGGGCUGGAGGUCCUACCAGCAGUGUGACGGGAACAUGCUCUGCUUCGCUCCAGACCUCGUCAUCAACCAGGACCGUAUGAAGCUGCCCUACAUGACAGACCAGUGUGAACAGAUGUUGAAGAUCUCCAGUGAGUUUGUCAGACUGCAGGUGUCUCAUGACGAGUAUCUGUGUAUGAAGGUUCUGCUGCUGCUCAGCACCGUGCCAAAGGAUGGUCUGAAGAGUCAGGCAGUGUUUGAUGACAUCAGGAUGUCCUACAUUAAGGAGUUGGGGAAGGCCAUCGUCAAGAGGGAGGAAAACUCCAGCCAGAACUGGCAACGCUUCUACCAGCUCACCAAGCUUCUUGACUCCAUGCACGAGAUGGUUGGUGGUCUGCUGGACUUCUGCUUCUACACGUUCGUCAACAAGUCCCUGUCGGUGGAGUUCCCAGAGAUGUUAGCAGAGAUCAUCAGCAACCAGUUACCAAAAUUCAAAGCCGGCAGCGUCAAGCCCCUCCUCUUCCACCAGAAAUGACUGUGUGGUGCUACCGCCACUGGUCGUGUCCGCCGCCGAGACAGAAUGCCUUAAAAUCCCCUCGCCUCACCUUCCCCCUGACAGAGAGAGACAAGGAAGAAGAGGAGGAACAAUGUACAGGGGUUUGCUGAUUUUGGGGAUGAAACGAGCGCCAUCAAGGAGGAAGGAGAGAUUUGUCAAGAGGCAGAAGGCGAGACACAGCAGAGGUUUUUGGUUUGUUUAACAUCAAUGGUCUAGUAUAUAGGAUAACAGUAGGAAUAAACGUUUUCAUAAGUUUAAAGAUAAAUAGAGGAUUGAAAUAAACUACCCAUUCAUGUUUUCUCAGGUGUAUGACCCGCAGAACUUAACAAUAUCUAGAUUAAAGAAGUAUCUAUGUACAGAUUAUUAAGAUGAUGAUGUCUUAAGUUUCUGAUGCCACAGUAUAUACAGUUUAUUAUACAGGUAGUUUCUUACCUCCCCAAAGGUAACACUAGAACUACCUUGUGCUGUUAUUCAACAGGUUUACCCACUGUGUAUUCCUCUCCCUACUGUCGUUUUUAGGACGUUGUUGUAACAGAGUUGAUUAUCAAGUCACAUGACGUGAAAUAUAUAUAUAUUUUUUUUCGUAACUGUCAUUUCAAAAGCAUGUGCAUUGCUUUUUAAUGUCAGGCGUAACAUGAUGAAAUUGUUUAUGUAAUGAAAGCAUACAGUUCACAGAUCUAUCUUUGUCUACAUUAGGCUACCUGCCAGGUUUACACACACCGUCGAUCAGAAAAAGGGAGAAAAAAAUGUGCCUUUUUAGCUUGAAGUCUGAUUUUAGCCGUUCUCUCUCUCUCUCUCUAACUGUCCGAGGCUAGAUAUUCUUCUUUCACCAUCAUGGUUGACCCUCAGUGUAUGUGAUUGUCUUUUUUCUAUUACAUGCAGUUGCAGUCAGUUUUCCUUUUUAAAAUGGCUGCCGUGUUUGUCUGUUGCUACUGCAGCUCAGUAAUGGCUCCUCAGUGUGAACUAUAACAAAAAGAUCAAUCGAUCUAAUAAUACUCCCAAUCUGCAUACAGUAUUCACCUCCCGGUCUCUUGUCUCUUAUACACGUCUCAUUUUUAAAUACUAUUUUAGUACUAUGCCCCCCCCCCACUAAAAGGAGAGAAUGUGAAAGUACAUAGUAAAGACGAUGGCUAUAACUCUAUUGGAUGUUUGUAGGCGGAAGCUAUUAAUUGUGUCACCUUUGAACUUCUGUUAUUUUUGUCAGCAAAAGUACUUUUGUCCAUCAGUGAACUAAUACCUUCUUCCUGUUGCUUUUGUUUUAACUGUUGUUUUGCUGGUAGUUUCUUUGCCCAUUUGUCAUUAUUGGAAUGUGUCGAAGAGAGCGAUGCAUCAGCCAAUCAAAAAUGGAGAGUGCAGAUUCCUUUUUUUGGAACGCAUCGACAGCCCCAAAACCAGAAGAGCUGGUUGCUAUGGUUUCCAUAUAGAUUUGAUGGGAAAAUGGCUGUUCUUGAAUGGAGUUGUACAGUAGUUCUUGGUCACUUUAGUAAAAUAUAAACAGUAAUAGUCCAAGGCAGAGGGCCCCAGUGUUGACCCUCAAUACUCUUAUGUUCUGCUCUCUGUAUGAACACACAUGUGUUUGAAUGGAUAGUAGAGUGGUGUGUGAAUGAAACGCGGGUAACUGUUGCCAUUAUUCAUCCCUAAAGAAUCAUUAUAGCGCUUACAUUCUGGCAACGGGGACCAUUUUGUGAGACGACAAACCAGGUUUGCAUGAAAACCAGCGUACACAGGGGUUGAUUGAGAACUGACACUGGUGGAUCCUGGUCUAGGACAACUUCCCACUGCUGCUCACACAACAACCCAUUACCCACCUUGGUACGUCUCAGCUCUUAUAGUGUGUGUGUGUGUGUUACUCAAAAGUUUUCCAUUAAAGCACUUAGUGCUAACAUCCUUCUCUGUCAUCUUGUCUUGCACUCAAACUGUCUGCGUCCCAAAUGACACCCUGUUCCCUAUGUAGUAGUGUGUUACUUUUGACCAGGGUAGGGCUCUGGUCUAAAGUAGUGCAGGACAUAGAUCAUAGGGUGUGAUUUGGGACACAGCCUGUAGCUUAGUUGAUGAGGGGGGUAUAGCUUAGGGCCACAUUCUGUCCUCUGGGACUCGCAGUGCCAAACCUUUUACAUUUCUACUCUCUCUUUUCAGGUUUGGAAAACAGUCCUCGUUUUAACAGUCCUCGUUUUAACAGUUGUCAGUGUUUAUUUCAGAAAAAAAAAAAAAUUUAAACAACAAAAAAAAAAAACGUCUUAAAGCGCUUACGUCCACCAUGGAUUUAAUGGAUUAUUAAAGAAACUAAAAAGGUGAACUAUUGACCUUUUUGGUUUUCCACACAAGAGAUUCCCUAGCAUUAGUAUAGAUAGCAAGUUGACCCUCUAGUCUAACAAACCCUUUCUAUACACAUGUACUUAGGGAGCUAAAUGAGUCCAACAGGAGUUUGUCAUCUUUUAUGUGUUUGUCACCAAGAACAUUUCCCAGCUUUGUGCAUCUGCUUUGUCAUCCAUGUUUUGUUUUGCUUCUGUGCAGAUUCUCCUUCUUUCUCCCGUCGUCUUCUUCUGUGUUUGAAACAAACCAACCCAGGUUUCAUUUUCUGAUUUUCAUACACUAUGCCCACAUCUAAUAAGAAGCUAUACAUUAGUGAUUAUUAAGAACAACUAUACCAUACUCAGGUUGUUGUCAUUGGUUAAAAAUGUAUGUGGUCAUCUAUGUUCACUGAUGGAACUGUUUAAAACCAAAAACAUUCUGUUUUGAUUCCCAGCGUGUGUUUUUCUGACAUUAAUUAACGGUCAGGUUAAAUAAAAGCUCACCUGGCCGUUCAGGUACGUUAGUUUCAUACAUACUGUACACGUCAAAGUCAUCUGAUAUUCUCACUACUUGGUUAGCCAUUGUUAACUUCCCAGUCUAUCCUAAAGGAAAACGUGUAUUUUCUUUCAAUGGUGAUACAAAAGUAGUUAAUCAGAAAAUGUAUUCUCCCAAUCUAAACUGCGUCUGUAUUUCCUAUGGGUUACUUUCACAUUCAGUGUGGCUACAAAUUGUACUCUGCUGUUGCCUUUCAUAUAAUAGGCAUGAAACCACUAACUACUCACCUCUCCUUAUCCAAAAAUGUAUUGGUCUCUGUGGAAUUGUAUUAUGCAGUACAUUAUUUACAAGACAUUCUGAAAAUAUGCAAUAGAAAUUUCAAAUACAUGAGUUACUUGUUACUCUAAACAGAU